CCCUCUCCCUCUCUCUCUCUCGCUGAGUCAGACAGCAGGGUUGUGUGUCUGAAGCAAAGGCUCCAUGGAGGGGAGAUAUCGUCUCCACCAGCCGCAAUAUAGCAUUGCCUGAGAGAGAUAGAGGGGAAAAAAACAGAUUCCCUUCUUUCUCUCCCUCGUUGAGGAACAGAGGAUGAAUGGAGAAGCGAUGGACAUGUCCCUGGAGUCAUCAUCCCCGGUGGUGGAGCAAGGCACCGUCAGGGGGGCGUCAGCGGCACCAGAGCCGGCAUCCACGGCGGCAGCAGCCGGUAACGGCUCCCUGCCUCCCCCGCCCACCAUGGCUCCGGCCAUCCCGCCCUACGUCAAGCUUGGCCUCACCGUGGCCUACACCGUCUUCUACUCUCUCCUCUUUGCCUUCAUCUAUGCCCAGCUGUGGCUGGUGCUGCGCUACCGCCACAAGCGCUUCAGCUACCAGACGGCCUUCCUCUUCCUGUGUCUGCUGUGGGCCGCGCUGCGCGCACUCCUCUUCUCCUUCUACUUCCGCGACUGCGUCACGGCCAACGCGCUGGGGCCCUUCGCCUUCUGGCUGCUCUACUGCUUCCCCGUCUGCCUGCAGUUCUUCACGCUGAGCCUCAUGAACCUCUACUGCGCCCAGGUUUACUUCAAGGCAAAGUCCAAGUAUACCCCAGAGCUCCUUAAAUACAAGCUCCCUCUCUAUCUGGUCUUCUUGGCAGUCAGUCUUCUCUUCCUGGUGGUCAACCUGGCCUGUGCCCUGCUGGUUAAGAUGACCGCCACUGAAGUCAAGACCAUUGUCCUGGUCAGAGUCACCAUCAACGAUACGCUCUUCGUGCUCUGUGCCAUCUCGCUGUCCGUCUGCCUUUACAAGGUGGCUAAAAUGUCCCUGGCCAGCAUAUACCUCGAGUCCAAGGGAACGUCAGUGUGUCAGGUGACUUUGAUUGGCGUCCUGGUUGUUCUACUGUACGCAUCACGGGCCUGCUACAACCUGGUGGUGCUGGCUCUGACCGACAUCGAGACCGUCAACUCUUUUGACUACGACUGGUACAACGUGUCCGACCAGGCUGACUUGAGGUCCACUCUGGGGGACGCUGGCUACAUCGUAUUCGGGGUGAUCCUCUUUGUCUGGGAACUGCUGCCAACCUCCCUGGUGGUCUUCUUCUUCAGGGUCCGCAGGCUGCCACAGGACAGGAGUGGAACAGGGAUCCCGAACCACGUGCUCUCUUCCAGAGGUUACUUCUUUGACAACCCCCGUCGGUACGAUAGUGACGAUGACCUGGCGUGGAGCAUCCCUCCUCAAAGCAACUCCGCGAGCCUAGUUACAGACUGCUACGACUGGGGCAGCCGCAACAGCAGUUUCACUGUACAAACGGGGACGGACGAACAACGGUUGGCACCAGUGACGGGAGAGCUCCAUCCAUACUGAGACAUAACAAGUCCAGGGUCGGGGUCAAUUCCAUUUCAAUUCAUUCAAAUCAGGAAGCAAAAAUUCCAAUUCCAAUUUUCCAAAUCGAAAAGCAAUUCAAUGGAAUUGACCCCAACAAUAAACCAGUCCACACUGCACUGUACAGCACCGCAAUGCACUUUUGUCAACUUUGACACUUCCCGACAGCAUCCGUACUUUGUCCAUCAUCAGCCACCGUAUUGCAUUAGCAACUUAGUGAUAAUGUAGACCAGUGGUUCCAAAACUAUUUCACUCAGGCCCCCCUUCCAUCAUUGGGGAACAUCCCGUUAGCUGACAUGGGCUAGUUGAUCUGGACAUUUCUGACAAGUUAUAAAAAGCCCUAAUGUCUGCAAUGACUGACAUGACAAGAGGAAAACUGCUGAUAUACUACCCAAUUUCAAAAUUGUGCCUUGUGCAUUCUACUAUUACAACUUUCAAGAGUAAGUUGAAAGCCUGACUGAGUUCCUU